GGUGAUCCCUUUUCCUUCGUCUCGUCGUCCCUGCUCCCCCCGUCCGUCCUCGCUCCUCAGACCUCAGAGCUAGCCCAUAAAACGGCAGCGCCACCCGCACCCACCGAAUCCCCUCCUCUUUCCGUUCCGCCUCGUUGCGCUCGCUCUCGCUGCGCGCCCCGCCCCACCUCGCUGCUCGUCACAGCAACACCGGCAGGGACGGAAAAGGAAAGCCGAGGAGGGGUGGAGAGAGAGAGAGAGGGAAGGUGAGCAGCGGCUACGGCCAAACCCUACGCGGCCCCUCCCCACUUCCUUCCUCUCUCUCUCUCUCUCUCUCUCUCUCUCACCAACGCCUCCCUUGCCAUUUUUGCCCUCCUCCUCCCAGCCGCAGGAGCUAGCCGCCGGCAGCCGAUCCGGGAGAGGGACGACGAGCUGGGGUUCCGGCUGCAAUUCGAUUGGAGCGAAGCCGGUUCUCUCGCCGGCGGUCCAGGAUGGUGCGGGGGAAGACGCAGAUGAAGCGGAUAGAGAACCCGACCAGCCGCCAGGUCACCUUCUCCAAGCGCCGCAACGGCCUGCUCAAGAAGGCCUUCGAGCUCUCCGUCCUCUGCGACGCCGAGGUCGCCCUCGUCGUCUUCUCCCCGCGCGGCAAGCUCUACGAAUUCGCCAGCGGCAGUGUGCAGAAAACAAUUGAACGCUAUAGAACAUACACAAAGGAUAAUGUCAGCAGCAAGACAGUACAGCAAGACAUUGAGCAAGUAAAAGCUAAUGCUGAGGACCUGGCAAAGAAACUUGAAGCACUUGAAGCUUACAAAAGAAAACUUUUGGGUGAGAAGUUGGAACAAUGCUCAAUUGAAGAACUGUACAGUUUGGAGGUCAAACUUGAAAAGAGCCUCCAUUGCAUCAGAGGAAGAAAGACUCAGCUGCUGGAAGAGCAAGUCAAUAAGCUGAAGGAGAAGGAGAUGACAUUGCUCAAGAACAAUGAAGAUUUACGUGAAAAGUGCAAGAACCAGCCGCCACUGCCGAUGACUCCUGCGCGGCCGGUCAUCACCGUGGAAGACGAUCGCCCGGAGCAGAACGUCGACGCCAUGGACGUGGAGACGGAGCUGUACAUAGGGUUGCCUGGCAGGGAUCCCCGCCGAAACAAGGUUGCAGAAGUCAGGUCGGGAUAGCUAUGGACAAGGAACGAAAGCAAGCCGAGAAUAAUCUAGAUCUCUGGUGCGGCGGAGAUGCAGCAAGCCAAGCAAUGGUAAAACCGUCAGUCGCGAUGUGUUUACAAACCUGUGUUGUCCAUGGAUGCAGACCCAACCAAACAUCCGUCACUAGUAAUACUACCCUGUAGAUGUGGUUCCUAGCUUGGAUCCGAAUCUGAAGUAGACUCUCCUGCUCCCAUUCGCGCAA